AUGUUGCAGAAAUGUACUGGCGCACGCGGAUCUCACGAGUCGGGCGUGGGCUUAGGCUCGACUUUUGCUCGGACCCUCCCGCCGGCAUAUAAAGUCAGCAAGUCCGUGGUGGCUCUGCUGAAAGCCUUCGGGUGGUACAAAUUCGCUAUUGUAGUUGGGGACGCCGUCACAGCCGCCGCUCAGCAAAUGGACGCAAUCAAAGAAUUGGCGCAGUCGAACGGCAUGGUAGUGACUACUGAGCACAGCUUUGCUGACUACAUACCACUACACAUCUCAGAAAUGGAGAGAAUCGUCGAUCAAACAUACGACAAAACUAGAAAUUUACAGAAAAUGAAUGGGUACGGUAAAAGUACAGUUUGUAGCAAAUGA